GACGACCACAUUUGCGCCGCCUGUUUUAUUUGUAUUGUGGUUACAAGAUUUCUUGAGAUUGCGUCUAUAUCUUUGCUAUUUUGCGCUGGAUCCUGCGAAUGAGGCGAAGCAGAAAUCUUCUGUGAACCGUACAGCAGCACUGCAAGUAAACAAAGACACGCGCAGCCCUGCCUGCUUCAAAGCCGUCUCCUCUCAAUCCCCGAACAACAUCGACCUAAUCUAUCACGAUGGCUUUUAGCUUUGGAAAUACACAGGCUCAGCCAGCCCAGACGGGAGGAGGCUUGUUUGGAGGACUCAAUGCGAACACACAAAACCAAGCCCAGGCUGGAAGCUCGAUAUUUGGCCAAAAACCACAGACUCAGCCGGCUCAGCAAAGCACGGGAUUCUUUGGGCAAAAUACACAAUCGCAGCAGCAGCAGCCGCAGCAGUCUCUAUUUGGCCAGAGUGCCCAGGCACAGCAACCUCAGCAGUCAUCUCUAUUCGGACAAACUCAGACACAACAACAACAGCAACCCACUGGGUUAUUUGGGCAGACGGCACAGACUCAACAGCCGCAACAACAACAGCCAUCACUUUUUGGGCAAUCUGCCCAGACACAGCAGCAGCAGCCCAACAACCAGCAGAGCCAGUUCGGAAGCUCCCAAUUAUGGCAACCACAGACACAAAACCCUCAACCAAAAUCCGUCCCCGAACAAAUGCAGGUAGUUCUCGAAAAAUGGUCACCGAACAGCCCAACCUGCGUAUUCAAGCACUACUUCUACAACAAAGUGGCGGAUAACCAAGUGCCAUUCUACAAAGCUGGCCCAAACGAGGAUCCCAAGGCAUGGGACGAAGCGCUGUCAAAGAAGCCAGGACCUGGAUAUAUACCUGUGUUGUGCACGGGAUUUGAGCAGCUGGGCGAGCGUAUCAAGACACAAAACACCACCCUCGCUGCGUUCAACAGGGUGCUGCACCAAAUCAACGGAAGCUUGGAUGCGAUGAUGAUCCGCCAUGACACGGAAACGAGCGUGAGGAUCCUGAAUGCCAAGCGAAAGCAUACGAUGUUGAAGCAGAGGUCGCUGGCGCUGGCAACGAAGGUACAGAUCCUGAGAAAUAGGGGAUUUGCUAUGGGUGCAGCUGAGGAGGCUUUGAAGGUAAAGCUUACGGCGCUUGACAAGUCAGUGUGCGAUCCAGCUCUAUCAGCAAGGGCGGAAGAAAUCUGGGCACGCAUGGUUAGCGUUAGGGAGAGGGCGAGAUUGCUGAAGGAAGAGAUGGAGAGACAGGCAGGCGGCAAUGGUUCAAGCAUGGAUGAGCAGACCGCGCGCAGAGCGGAAAAGAUCCUCGAAGAUUACGCAACGCAGCUGGCACAUUUGAAGAAGGAACUGGCGUUGAUCAACACGGAGUUUGGGGACUGGCAGACAGAGCAGGCGCCCGCGGAUUCCGAGACGAAGAGGAGGUAAUGAAGAGCGGUUGGUUUUAUUAAGUUAUUAUGGAUGUAUUCGCCUUAUUAUGACCAAACGGCGUCGGCACUGGGGAACGGUGUUUUGUAUUAGACAGUAAUCAUUCCGUAAAUAUUGUACAAAAUGUGCCGGAUUUCAGGCACAUUCUAGGCG